AUGAAGCACAACCCGUCCCAGAUCAUUGCCUUGUCCGACUCGGGCUCAGACUCAGACCAGGGGCCGCCCAAGAAUAACAGAGCCUCAACGGCCACUCGACCUGUGCGGAAAGAUUUGAACGACCAUGGUACUGACGAGCAGGUUGACGUGCGACACCGGCCCAUGUCACCGUCAACGGCAGCAGCACCCUUCUUAGCGCGACUGCGCGACUUAGCAGAUAAUCCAGCAAAGCGAUCGACGGCAAGGCCACCCCAGAGUCCAUCACCAAGACCACUAACAAAAAACCCCUUAAGAAAAUCACCGCUGAAUACAUCGUCAAUUACACCCAUCCCUUCUCCAGUGCGAGAACGAAGCAGAACAUCUCUUACAGCACCGUUUCUUGAAGAACGAUCGACUUCGCAGAGCAAAAGUACAGUUCCAUCCAAAAGCUCGACUUCUCCCACAAAACAACGGCCUGGUGUCCGGAAUGCUGAUUUGUCCACGGCUCAUCAAGGACCCCAGUCCCAGAUAUUGAAUCACAAACAAUCACCCGGCUUCGCGAUUUCAUCCUCACCAGUAGUUUCCACGCCUCCCACUGCUCGAAAUGGACAAAACCAUGGCACACCCAGUGGCAACGCAAAGCCACUCUCAAAAACUCCCCCUAAUGUUGCAAAUAGCCUUGUCUGCAGCAAUUGUGCUCGGGUUCACCUCGAGUGCGACGGUAAGACACCGUUCUGUGGUCAUUGUCAGGAACAGGGAGUGGCCCGCCCUUACCGAGGCCCACCCAAUUCUACAGAAAAAUCUAAAACGCCCGUAUUAAAGUUGGACAUGACAUCCCCUGCUCGAUAUACCAGUUCAGAAACCACCAAAAAGACAAAUCUACAGAAAGAGCAAUCAUCGAGCGAAUCCGAUGACUCGAGUGAGGGCGAAAUAUCAGACUCAAGUAGCCCAGACCUGGAUCAAGGACCUCCACUCAGGCUUGUUUUCCGUCCUCAACCAUCACAAAACUCAGACGCAGAACAAGAAGCGCCCACUGACCAGCAAUCUCAAAAGCACGGAGUAAUCGAAGUUGAGAAAGAUGAGCGUCUCGAGGAAGGUGGUAGUGUUGAGGAAGAUGGCGGUGCUGAGGGGUCCUCCGCAAUGGGCGGGGAACAUGAGGAUGAUGACUGCAUCAGUGUCUCGUCUGACUCUUCCGUCGAAUCUAUAGAAGAAGCAACCUUGCGUCCCUCCGUCCAAUCUGUCACAAAUAUACUGAAACGCAUACGCCAGCAAUUACGUGAAUACCAGCAAGCAAACGUCCUAGCCGACUUGAGGCAGGCAACUAUCGACGUCAGGAAGUAUGGUGGUCCCAGGCUCGACCCCAGUCUCCCAGACCCUUUCAAGACACUCACCGAGGAGAGACGGAGAGGGUGGGAUCCAGACGCGGAGCAAAAUAAGGAUGUGGAGGUAAUUCCUGCACCUCAAAAGUGCUAUCACACCGACUCGAUAAUCCUGCCGAAAUCCAAGUCCAUCGGCAGAGUCAAUUCAAGUUUUCUUGCGCCCAACAUUCGGACUGCCACACAUAGAGCCUAUGACGAUGAAGACGAGGACGAUCCGGACUCCAGCAUAAAAUAUGAAGAGUUCGAACUGCGCUACAAAACUGAUUUCCAGGGGAUGGAGCAGCAACGCCUAUGCCAGGAGUUAAUAUACCUUUGGGAGCCCUGGGUUGAAGAACUAUUGAAGCGCCUCCAAAUCCAGAAGAGCGACGUCCUUUACUUCUUUACGCAGGACCAUUUUGAACCCGAUCGCCGAAUCGAGUUUAAAUGCAGUGAGGCGUCCCGAACGGCAUGGAGGACAGAACAGCAGAGUGUUUGCAACACAUGCAAACUGGCUGACCCACAGAGUCGCCAGAGCUAUCUCGGUGAAGACUUCAAGCGUCUGCCACGGCCUGAUGACCGAAGCCUUGUUUUCGCAGGGCUAGCGGCUCGCGCCUUCCACAAGAUGACUGGGUCAAGUCUGUGGCACAUUGCCCUUGGCAGUACAAUACAACCGCGACAUAUGGACUCCGGGGCGGCUACGAUGCAAGACCCCGGCUUCUGCUUAAUCUGUUUUCGCCACCAGUGUCCAGAUCACGGAUCGUACGAGGAGCCUCCCGACGAUGAUGAAGGCCCGCAAACAUCCAGAGCCUUUAUAAACGACGAUGAAUCUGAUCGGAACGUACGAAAGUUUGUGUCGCUGCCUAGUGCCAAGCGUGACGUUGAAAAUAAGUCGCAUAUAUGCGGAAUAUUCUGCGUCGAAUCGUCAACCAACUUGCGACAGAUACUCGGGCGACAGCUCAACGGGAGUAUCAGCGGAGAAAGUCGGCCGCCAGAAAACUACAUUAGGCCCAUACUAGCAGAUGAGCACUUGUGCAGCUCGUCGUGCUUCUGGGACGUCACCAACCGCCGCGAUAUCACGGUAUCAGAAGUAGAAUUCCGCCCGUUUGUAUCGGAGUCACAAAAAAUGUGUGUCGAGAAACUCAUGGGCUUCUACCUCUACAAUAAACGAGGCCCGUGCCUUAUCUCACGAGUGAUCAAGGAAGUAAGCUGCAUGACGAUUUUCAAUCACAUCAUCUUCUCAAUAUUCAGAGUCAAGCAUCCUCCCAGUCCAUGCCCUACAGCUACUAACAUAAGUCCUACUCCGGGAGGUUCCAGCCAGACGGCACGCGGGAAGAAGAAACCAGCGCAGAUAAUUGAUGUCUCGAGAAGUGCGGACUUAGAAAAGCGGGAGCCUUUUUUCCCUUGUUCCCACGAGGGACCGUGCAUCAACAACCCGGCAUGCUCAUGUGGGACAAGCAAGGUACACUGUGAGUGGUUCUGCGGAUGUGACGAGUCCUGCAAACGACGCUUUCGGGGGUGCACCUGCAGAGCUGGCGGUAACAAGAUCUGCUUCGAGGACAACAGGUGCGAGUGCUGGAAAGUCAAUCGUGAAUGCGACCCCCAUCUUUGUGGCAGAUGUGGCGUGCUUGAAGUCCUGGAUUCUUUUAACAAGUACCGGGAUGACAUUCGAAAGGGUCGUUGUAGGAAUAACCGUAUCCAGCUGGGUGUACCUGCCAACACCACCAGGGCUCCAAGCCAGGUCCAGGGUUAUGGGCUCUACGCCCUAACCGACAUUCCAAGCGGGGACUUCAUUGGCGAAUAUGUCGGAGAGAUCAUCAGUAAAACGGAGGGCGACAGAAGAGGCGCGCUCUAUCAUCUCCGAAAUCAGGAAUAUCUCUUCGCCCUCAAUGCAACUCAGGAGAUUGACGCGUCCAACCAUGGCAACAAGACGAGAUAUAUGAACAACUCGCUUAAAGAAGAGAACGUUAAUGUGGAGCCUAAAAGUCUGUGGUGCAAUGGACAGGCGCGGAUCGGGCUUUUUGCAAAGCGGCGUGUCGACGCGGGAGAAGAGCUGUUGUGGACAUAUGGUUACAGUGAGGAACAUGUCAAGAAUUUCUGGGAGCCAGGAGAAAAGCCCGCAAGUGAUAGAGCACUGCUCCCAUAUUCGGCGGAACGUGUCACGCGGACCACAGGAACAGAUAAGCUAGCAAAAGCAGCCAGCAACAACGCUCGAGAAGAUUGCAGCAGCCAGUCUCGUAUGCUACUUCAGCAACUGAAGCGUAGGAGAGAGGAUGGUCAGAGCCAUGGGGCAAGGUCGGGCGCCGAUGAAGAAGCAGCACACAGUUCAAUGCAGGGCUCCAGGGGCAGCCCAGCAGACGAGACGACGCAAGAUCCACCAACUGAGGAUGCGGAGGAUUCUGAUUAUGAUGCUAGGGCUCAUGUAUCGGAGGACGAGUGGGAUGCGGAGUCUGAUCUUGACGGUUCCCGGAAAAAGAGGACCAAGAUGCAACGGCGCAGGCGGACUAGCAAUAAUGGGGCCAAUGACAAGAGAGGACGAGAGAGAGCAAGCAACCACAAGCAUGGGAAAAGAAGGCAGAAUUCCAGAUGA